GCCGCCUGGCCAGCGGGGCGCGGCGGUGAGAGCGGUGCAUCGUCCCCGCGGCGUCCCCAUGGCCCGCACGCAGCCCAGUCCGGAGGCUUUCUGCCAGCAGGCACCCACCUUCCUUGACUACCUGCACAGCAUCCUGCAGAAGUACCCUGAUGGGGGGCAGAUCCUCAAGGAGCUGGUGCAGAACGCGGACGAUGCUGGCGCUAACGAGGUUGUGUUCGUGUCCGACGAGCGGGAGUUCAACAUCGCUGGAGGAGGGCUGGCAGGCACCCAGGGCCCAGCCCUCCUGGCCUACAAUGACGCCCUGAUGUCCCCCCGGGACUGGGCAGGGCUCCUGCACCCGGGGGUGUCACACAAGCAGAAGGACCCCAGCACCGUCGGGCGCUUUGGCCUGGGCUUCACCUCCGUCUACCAUCUCACUGACCUGCCAGGUGUGCUGAGCCAUCCAUCCUUGGGAGUACUGGACCCUGAAUGCCAGGUGCUGCCAGGUGCCGGUGCCCGCUGGGACAUCUCUGCAACCCAGGACCUUCCUGGCCUUUUCGAGCCCUUCUUGGCUGGGCUGGAAGCUGUGGGACAGCACCGUGGCUCUCCCCAAGGCACCCUCUUCCGCUUCCCCCUCCGCCGGCAACCCUCGAGAAUCACUGCAGGCGUCUCUGAUCCUCAGCGCCUCCGCAGCCUUCUCCAGACCUUCCUCACUGAGGCCCCUCUGGCCCUCCUUUUCCUCCGCCAUGUCCGCCGGGUGGCUGUGCAUCACGUGGCCCCUGAUGGGGUCCAGACACUCAUGGGGACCCUUGUGGCAUCUCAGCAGCCUCUCCCUGUCCCAGGGCCAUCAGGGGCUGAAGGGCUGAGUCUGACAUGGUGCCUGGUGUCCCUGCAUGGGGAUGGGGUGGAGGAUGACAGCAAGUGGCUGGUGGCCACAGGUCGGGCCACAGAGGGGCCGACCGUGGCACUGGGUGCAGGGCUGGGUUGCUACCCUGAGCUGAGCCUGGCGCACCCGCUCCAUGGGUCCUGCCAGGGGCGGCUGUGCUGUUUCCUACCCCUGCCAGCCACAGAUGAGAUGGUCACAGGGCUGCCUGUCCAUGCCAGCGCUCCAUUUGCCCUCUCAGAUGAUCGCCGCCACCUCCGCUGGCCAGAGGAGGGUGAGGAGGGUGAGGAUGAUGCCCGCUGGAAUGCUCUGCUGCUGCUUAAUCUCCUGCCACGGAUCUACAGCCACAUGGCUACCGUGGCCAUGUCUCUGUCUGACGCAGAUGCCUACAGCAUCUGGCCGGACCCCGAGAGCAUGCCGAGCUGUGGCCGCAUCCACAGCUUGGUGAGCCACAUCUGCCGGGAGCUGGCAGCUGCCUGCAGCCUGGUGCCGGCCACGGAGGGGACCCCAGGGCAGCUGCGGGCCCCCGAGGCUGUGCUGCUGCCGGAGGUGGCGGGGGACGUGGCCGCACGGCAGGCAGUCCGAGCCUUGCUGGUGGCAGCUGGGGAGCCGGUGGCUGAGGUCCCAGCCCAUGUCCGGAGGGUGCUGGCUCUGGGGAUGGCAGAGGGCGUGCGGGAGGCCACGGCAGGCCACGUGCGGAAGGUGCUGCGGCACCGUGAGGCUGUAGACCUCCCAGCCACUGACCGGCUCUCCCUGCUGCGCUACGUGGCUGGGGAUGGGCACCAUGCCGAACUGCAGGGUCUCCCCCUCCUGCCUCGUGCUGAUGGGACCUUCGUGGCCUUCGGAACUGCAUCAGCCAUCGUCUAUGUGGACACAUCCAUCUGCCCCAGGCAGCUCCUGCCCGGCCUGGCUGGGUCCUUCCUGCCCUCGGAUCUGGAGCCGGGCUUGGACAGCCUCCUGCGAGGCAUUGCCAAGGCAGGGCUCUUCUCCAACCUGGUUCUGCUGAACCCAGCCGUGACUGCCCAGACCCUGCGCUUGGCUCUGCCCCCGACCUGGACAUCCCAGUCUUCAACCCCAGUGACCUGGUGCCCAGCCCAAGGCCCUCCCCAGCCCCCAGCCUCCUGGUUCCCAGCCCUGUGGCAAUUCCUGGCUCACCACGUGGAAGACCUGGGCCCUCUGGAGGGGCUCCCUCUCGUCCCCCUGUCCCCACUGGAUGCCCCCAGCAUCUGCCUGGCUCCACUGAUACCCCAGUCCAGUCUUAUCUUUCAGGCAGGUGAGGACCAGCACCUGCCACCUGCUGUGGCCUCUGUGCUGGAGGUCCUGGGUUGCCCAGUGGUGCUGCCAGGUGUGUGGCAGCGCUCCCUGUCCCACUAUGUCCUGCCUGCAUCCCCACUUGGCGCCCUGCGGGCCCUGGGCAGGCAGGGGGCUGCAGCUGUGGCCUCCCGCCUGGCCUCGCUGCCUGCCUCAGACGUGGACUCCCUCCGGCUCUACCUGGCAGACCUCCCAUCCCUAAGAAAGGAGGACAGUGCCACCCUGGCUGCUUUGCCCCUCUUUGUCCCACUGCCCUGCUUGGCUGCCCCACAGCCCACAGGGCUGGUGCCAGCCAGUGCCACCCCGGUGCUGGAGCCAGGGCUGGAGCUGCCCAGAGAUGUGGUGCUGCCAGAGGCCAUGUUGCAGUGCCGGGAUGAAGCUGACCGGCAGCUCCUGGGGAGGCUGAAGAAGCCCCUUGUCAGUACAGCCUGCAUGGCGCUGGAGGCCAUCAGGGCUGUGGCCCGGGGUGCCUAUGCAGGGCUGGUGGCCGAGAAACAGGCUCUGCUGCUUUGGGUGCUGCAGCACGGAGACGUACUCUUUGCACAGAGCCCCCCGCUCCAGCAGGCGUGCAGCAGGCUGGCCUUCCUGGAAUCCCCCAAAGGCCCUGCACGUCCGCAAGACCUCUAUGACCCCUGCAACAGCACCCUGCGGGCGCUGCUGGGCCCUGAGCACUUUCCUCCUGCUGCCUUCCGCAGCCCACCCGUGCUCCGUGCCCUGAGAGCCCUGGGCUUGCGGCAGGGUGAGGGGUGCCUGACGCCUUUUGACAUCCUAGAGGCUGCAGCGAGCGUGAGUCAGCAUGAUGCAGCGGCUCUGGGCAGGGCUCAGGCACUGAUCAAGGUCUGCAACUGCCCCAAGGCACUGGCUGGCUUCAGCGCUGAACAUCUUGGGGAGCUCCAGGCCCUGCCAUGGGUGCCUCGUUCUGAGUGCACCAGGAAUCCUAAGCAGCCCUUCCUGCCCCCCAGGAAGCUGCGGUCCGCCCAGUACCAGCCCCUGGUUGGGCUGGCCAUGCAUCUGACAGAUGCCUUUGUGCCAGAGGCAGAGCAGAAGCUGGGGCUGAGCCAGCCUCCCCCACCACAGAAAGUGUGGGAGCAGCUGAGAAAGCUGGUAGGGAGCAGGGAUGUGGGUGAGGUAGUUCGUGCACUCCAGCCUGUCUAUCGGCACAUGCAGGAGAACCUGAAGACCUUUGGGGCUGCCCCAGAUGAUGCUGUGGUGUGGACUGGGGCUGGGUUUGCCCAGCCACGUGAUGCCGUGCUGGGCUAUCCUGAGGAGCUGGAGCAGGAACUGGGGAAGCUGGUGCCCUGCGUGCCCCCUGAGUUCCUGCCCUACAGCUGCCUCUUCAGGGCUUGGGGCGUGGAGGCGAGGGUGAGUGAGGAGAGGGCGGCUGCGGCCCUGCGCUGCCUGGGGCAGGACAUAGACACUCGAAGCUCCAGAGCUGGCACCGCAGCAGAGUUGCAGGUGGCUGUAGCUGUCCUGGAGUGGCUUAAGAGCCGGGGGCACCGGGGUGAGGGCACCGUGCCGGUUCCUGUGAGGAUCCUGGAGGGCUCAGGCUUUGCCCUCCGCCCAGCUGCCUCUACCGUGUACCUGGACAUGGACCUGGAGCCAGAGGAGGAUGUUCAGGAGGUGGUGCAUGAGGCGGUGCCAUCCAGCACAGCCAUAUUCCUUGGUGCGGAGCUGCUCAGUACGCGGGUGCUGGGGCCAGAGCCAUUCACAGCCUGUGGUCCCUCUGAGCCCAUCACCUUACGGCUCCGCAACAUCCUCCAGGAGUAUGGUGAGGAGAGCGACCUCUUCACAGAGAUGGUCCAGAAUGCCGAGGAUGCUGGAGCUACUGUGUGCCGCUUCCUCCUGGACCUCCGAUGCUGCAGAAAGGCCACCUCUGGGCUGCUAGACCCUGGCAUGGCUGCCUGCCAUGGCCCAGCCCUCUGGGCUUACAACAACGCCCUCUUCACGGAGGAUGACCUCCGUAACAUCACACGGGUCGGGGCUGCUACAAAGGAGGGCCAGGCAGGCCAGAUUGGGCGCUUUGGCCUGGGCUUCAGCUCCGUCUACCGUGUCACUGAUGUGCCAGCAGUGCUGAGCGGGGAGACACUACUCAUCUUUGAUCCCAACGGCACCCAUCUGGGAAAGCACAUGCCCAUACCUGGCUGCCCUGGCAUCCGCCUGGACUUCUCCAACCGACCACGCAUCCUCCGUGCUUUUGCAGAGCAGUUCUGGCCCUACCACGGUAUCUUUGGGUGCCGCCUGCCUGAGCCAGGACCCUUUCCAGGGAGCCUUUUCCGCCUGCCUUUCCGCACUGAAGAGGAAGCUGUAAAGUCACAGAUUUGCUCAGAGGCCUUUGGUACAGAGCGCAUCCAGUCCCUUGGCACCAGCUUCCUUGGCUCUAACCGGCUCCUGCUGCUCUUCCUCAAGGGAGUGAGGGAGAUGUCCCUGGAGAUGCUGCCACACACGGCCACCUCUGCGAGGGACACCAUGCCUCUGGCCAUGCUACAGCGAAAGCUGAUCCGAGACCUGGGGGCCCCUGGGGGCCCCCCAAGCCGGGCAGCUAUCGAGCAGUUCACAGCCUGCGAGGAGUCAUUUAAGACCACGUGGCACUACCUAGUUUUGGUGUGUCAGGGUGAUGGGGAGCUGCUGGAACUGUUUCAUCAGAACAGGCAAGCAGGGCUCCACGCUCCGCCUCCCAUGGCUGGCGUGGCCCUUCCCCUGGCCCUGACUGCAGAUGAUAAGUGGGUGCCGCGUCUAGAUGCCGAGGAGGGGCGAGUCUUCUGCCACCUUCCCAUGCCAGUCAACUCAGGGCUGCCAAUCCACGUGCAUGGGGCCUUCAGCAUCCUCUCCAAUCGCAAGGGGCUGUGGGACACGGCACACCAGGGCAAGUGGAACCGGGUGCUGCUCCGCAAUGCUGUGCCAGCUGCCUGGCUCCAGGCACUGGACCAGCUCCGCAUCAUGCAUGAGGCAGGUGAGCUGAAGAGCUAUGAAUACCAUGUCUUCUGGCCGGACUCUAACACUGCCCGCUACCCCUACGUGGAGGCUGUGACUGGUUUCUACCAGGCUAUGGCAGCCAGGGAUGGUCCCAGGCUGUUUUCUGAUGGCUGCUCUUGGUGCUCACUGCAGGAUGCCCGGUUCCUGCACCAGGCUGUGGUCAGACACCCUAAGCUGGGUGCCGUUGCGAAGCGUGUCUUUGCCAAUACCCUGCCCCGUCCCCUGUUAGCUGUGCACUUGCCAGAGCACGUGCACAGGGGCCUCGGGAAGGCAGUGGAUGCUGGCACCUAUGACUGGCCCCGCUUUUACUGUGAGCUUGUGCUUCCCAACUUGAAAGACCUCUCUGCUGUUGAUCGGGAACCGCUGCUUCUCCAUGCACUGGAUAUUUCCCAUGAUGAUGUGGACAAAGUGCUGCAGAGAGUGCCCUGCAUUCCUGCCACCCCUCAUGGCCACCUGCAGCUCAUCAAUCACCUGGUGCAUCCUGGAGGCCGCACUGCCACUUUGUAUGACCCUAAGGACGGGCGCUUCCCCAUGGGGGAUGCCUUCCUUUCCCCGGGAAUACUAAGCCAACUGGAGAGGUUGGGCAUGGUUAAGGACAGGAUGACUCUGCCAGAGCUGCUGGAGCGGGCAAAGACAGUGCAGCUUAUUUGGACCAAGGACCAUGCCCAGGCCUGCCAGAGGGCUGUAUGCAUCCUUCAGCUGCUUCAGGAUGCAGUGGAGGAGAGGGUGGACAACACCACGCAGGCAGCUUUCCAGACUGUGCCCUUCCUCCCUGCUGUGCUGCCCACUGGUGACCAUGCGCUGUUGCCAGCUGCCCAGCUCUACCAUCACCUCCAUGCCCUACUAGUGGGACUCAUCCACCCUGUCUUGGCUUCCAAAAUGCUGGGGGAAAACUUCAGCAUCCCUAAGGAGGUCACAUCCUUUUUGGGACUGGACCGGCAGCCACCAGCAGCUAGAGUCCUUGAGCAGCUGCAGGCACUGAGCCGCAGCUCCAACGCUCUCUCUUUGGAGACCCUGCAGGACAGCACCCACAGCUGCUACAGGUACCUGGACAAGCUGCUCCAGAGAGAUCGCUCCAGCUGUGAUGAAGUGAUUUCUGCAGUGGCCAAAAGGGAGCCCUUCAUCUUGGUGGGCUCCUGCUUUGUGCCCGUCAUGGCUGUGGCUGAAAGGCUCUCAUUUGAGGCUGCCCCAUACCUUCACCAGCUCCCAGAGCAGUACCGGCGCUACAGCCAACUCUGGGAGCGUGUGGGGCUGCGCCACACGUUUGCCUGGGAGGAUUAUGCCCGAGUGCUCUGCACGCUGGCAGACAUGUAUGCUGGGGAGCCGCUGCCUGCCGCAGAGCUGGCUCUGGCCUUGCAGCUGGUGUCUUCUGGCUUGAUGGCAGUUGACAAAGAGCUUGAUGCCUACCAGACCCAGCAACUCUUUCUACCUGACCAGGAGGGCAUCUUGCGUUCAUGCGACAAGCUCUGCUUCAAUGACACGCCAUGGAUGCCGGUGGACAGAGAUGUCCUGCUGUGCCACGAACAGCUGUCCCGAGCCACAGCCCUGCGCUGUGGGGUGCCUACCACACGCCACCGGGCGCUGGAGAGGAACCGGCUGCUCACUGGAGACCUGAACUCCUGGGUGCAGCCAUUUGGUGCCCAUGAGGACUUGCCCACACGGCUGAAGAACAUCUUGGGUGAGUACCCGGCAUCUGCUCGUGAUAUAGUGACAGAGUUGCUCCAGAAUGCAGAUGAUGCUGGUGCAGGGCUUGUGCACUUUGUGUGGGACCGCCGGCAGCACCCAGUGGAUGCCACUUUCAGUGACAACUGGAACUUCCUGCAGGGCCCUGCCCUUUGCAUCUACAAUGACAGCCCCUUCCAGCAGCAGGACAUCGAAGGCAUUCAGCGUCUGGGGGUGGGUAGCAAGCAAGGCCGGCAGGAUGUCACAGGCAAAUAUGGCCUUGGCUUCAACACUGUCUUCCACUUUACUGACUGCCCAGCCUUCCUUACUGGAGACAGUGCACUGUGUGUCUUUGAUCCCCAUCUCUACUAUGUGCCUAAUGCCACAAUGGAGAGUCCUGGUGGGAUGUUCGCUGUCAACCCUGAAUUCAAGAAGACCUUUCCAGACAUUUAUGGCACCUUCCUACCCUCCCUUUUCAACCUGAACAAGGGUGUCAUCUUCCGGCUGCCUCUUCGCACUGCAAGUGGGGCUGCCAUCUCCAGGGUGUCUGGCAUGGUCGUGCGGGACCAAGACCUCAGGGACAUGGAGACAGUACUGGCUGAGGAAGGAGAGGACUUGGUGCUCUUCCUCCGGCACCUCCACACUGUGGUUUUCUCCGAGAUCCCCCCAGAUGGGGAACAGGCAUUGGAGAGGCUGCGGGUUGCCACAGAACUGGGAAAUGGUGAUGCAGAGCUGAGACGGGGUUUUCAAGAGAGAUUGAGCCAAACUGUUGAUGGGAACAGCCCCACCUCUCUCUCCUAUAUCAUGACAAUCAAAACCAGCACGGCUAAGGCCAGCAGUGUGUGGAGGGUGAUGUCCCAAAUUGGGGUGCAGGAAGGGGCUGAGGAGUCUCCAGUGCCUGGGCGGCUGCCCUACGGGGCUGUGGCUGCCUGCCUGAAGCCAUUGCACUUGGACAAAGUCAUGGGCAAAGCUUUCUGCACCCUCCCGUUGCCGCUGACCACAGGGCUGCCUGUGCACAUCAAUGCCAACUUCGCUGUGGAUGCGGCCAGGCGCAAUCUCCGUCAGGACACAGGCAGCACAGAGGAAGCCUGGAAUAGCUUCUUACUCCGGCGCUUGGUGCCUCCCCUGUACUGUGCCUUUCUCACCAGGCAGUGGGAAGCCCUGCAGCCUGAAGGGCUCCAGUUUAAGUCUCUGUCAGACUGCCAGAAGUGCCUGACCUCCCACUACCUCCACUUCUUCCCUGCUGGGACAGAGGUGCUACCCACCUUUCAAAACAUGGUGAGGGAAGUCUAUAGGCACCUCAGUCGUGCACGCCUACCCCUGAUGCCUGUGUACCACCUGAAGCAACCUGACAGCACAGUGACAAUGACCUGGGCAUCUCCAGGUGGUGGGGAUGUGCUAACAGAGCCAUACUUCCUCAAGUCAAAGCCUGAGCCAGUUCUCCAGGAGGUGCUGCAGCACCUGAACAUGAACCUGGUGCCAGCAUUCAUCCACCUGCGGCAUAUCUACAAGGAGUUCAUUGAAGCCAAUGUGGACGCCAUUGCCUUUCAGCCAGACUCCCUCCGGCGCUUCCUCAAGGCCCUGGCACUCCCUGUGCCGUGCAGGUUGGCUGAGACACCCAUAAGGACAGCAGAGAGCUGCUCCAUCCUGCUAAGGCACUGCCUGGAGCCCACGAGCACGGACAAGGCAGAAGUGGAACUAGAACUGGAAGGCCUUCCCUUGCUGGCCACACAAGACGGCUGCCUGAACGCCCUCAGCACCCACCACCCAGUGUUCCACAGCACUUUUGCCCACCUCUUUCCCCGCCACUGCCACCUCUUCAUUGACAGGUCGAUCUCGGACUUGGUCCUGCCCUGCUUUGUGAAGAUGCUGGGCCUCCUGGAGGCCACACCGCUCAUCCAGGAGGCUCUGGCUCAGCUGAACUGGACCACAGAGGGGCAGAUGUGGCUUAAGGAGCUGUGGAGCUUCUUCAGCGCUGUGGUCUACCCAGUCACAAUGACCAAAGAAGAGAUAAACACCAAUAUGGAUUCAUUCAUGGAUCACCUCCAGGAUUUGGAAGUGCUGCCUGUUCAGGGGUGUGACAGAGACUUGAAGCAGCGACUGCCACUGUCCUCCCUCCCCAAUGUUCUUUUUAAUUGUGACACGGAUGUGGCCAAGGUGCUGCACAAACUGGGCAUCCCUGUGCUCCAGCUGUCCCUGCUGCCUUUUAACUUUGCCUUCUUCUGCCUGCAGGCAAGGACACUGCAGGCCACAGAGCCUAGGGCUGUGGUGGCCUGGUUGGCAGGCACCAGAGCUGACCUCCACUGGAAGAACUUAACUGAGUGGGAUGUGACUGCUCUGCUGGGCUUUGUGCAGGGAAAACUGGAUUUGUCGGCACAGCAGCAGCUCCAGCUCCUGCCUCUAUUCAGGAAGCAUGAUGGGGAGUACGUCCCCGUGAAACCCUACCGCAAGGUGCUCUUGCUCAGCAGCCAGGUCCCACGUGCCCUGGCCCUGUACAGCCUGGACAAGGACACGUUGCUGCUUACAGCAGACAGGAACCACCAGCUGCUGGCCAAGGAUUUGCAGUGGGAGCUCACAGAUGACAAGCAGCUCUUUACGUCUGUAGUGCUGCCCCGGCUGUCCCAGCUCACAGCGCAACAACUUAUGGAAGCUUUGCGCUUAUUCUUUGACCUGCAACACCCCUAUGACAUUAAGUUCAAGGAAGCUGCUGUGAAAGCUUUUCAGACUGUGGCUUUUAUACCCGACUCCCACGGUGUGCUGCGCCUGGCCUCCUACUUCUAUGACAACACACCCUCCUUCCGCAAUCUGCAGCUCCAAUACCGCUUCGUGCCCGAGUCUUUCUUUGUGGACUUGGAUUACAACCGUACAGCUGCCACAGCUUUCCUGCUUGAGGUGGGUGUGUGCACCACCCUCUCUGUGCAGGAUUUUGUGGCACUGGCCAAAAAGAUAGAGUAUGAAGCCACUCAGGCAAGGUGCCAUGCUGAAGACCUGCAGCUGCAACAGCAUGAGAUGCUCAACAACCUUAACACCCUGUUGGAUGAUCCCUCAUCCAUGGGUUUCCUGGAGCAAAUUGCCUCCAUCCGCUUCAUGCCUCCACUGGACAUUCCCCCAGAUCUGGUGAACCUCCACCCCCCUUUUGCAGCCUGCACUAAGCCCGUGGCCCUGAAGGGCAGUGUUUACUACUGCCAAGAGGAUGUAGCUCAGCUGCUGUGGACAUCAGCCAGCAUCCUGCCAAAGUCCUUCACACUCAAGCAGGAUGACCUGAAGGCUAUGGAAGUCCUUGUGGAGAUACCUACUGCCCUGGUGGUGGCCAACCUGGAGAAGGUUUGCCGGGCAGCCUGCCAGACACCAGAGCAGGUGAACACACGGGCCAAAGUACUCCAGAAGGUGUACAACUUCUUGCAGACCCAUCUGAAGGAGGUGGAUGCAGAGCACCUCGCCUCACUGCCUGUGGUGCUGGCCAAGUCAGGGGACAUGGCCAUGCCAUCGCAAGUGGUGAACUCGCUCCUGGAUGAGGCUGACUUUUACCCCUACCUCCUCACACCUGACCCCUGCAUUGCUCUCUAUGUGGAACUCCUGCAACACCUUGGGGUGGUCCUGCUUCCCACACUGACUCACUACAGCUAUGUCCUGACCCAAAUCCACCAGGAGAGCCAAGCCAGUGGGAUCCUCAAUGCUAUCCAGAAGAAUACAGUCCUGCUGGCUACACGACGCUUCUUCCAACUGCUGCAGGAGGCACAGGAACUCCCUGAUUUCUCCACUGUGGCUGAGCUGUACUUGCUGAGCACUGCUGACUGCCUUGAGUCAUCCCACAGGCUGUACUUCAAUGACUGCGUGUCCUCAAAUACCUGUAGGGCCUUGGGGAGGGCCUUCGUGUUUAUGGCUGAACUACCAGGGGUUAGGUGUAACGCCUGGUGGCUGCUGCAGAUGCUACCGGAGCGCCUGCAGCCACGGUUGCUCUCGGAGGUGACCAAGCAGCAGCUGGAGGAGCGCAGACUGCGGCCGUGUCGCUACGGUUCUCACUGCGCUGGGCAGAAGCGUCUGCAGACCCUCCUGGUAUCACCGUGCUUUAGGAGGGGGCUGGAGGCCCUCCUCCAGUGGCAGAGCCACAGGGCUGUGAUGAGUGUGAAGGAGGAUGGAGGCUUUUCCUUGGAGCAGCUGAAAGUGCAGUGCUGCGAGGACAUCCGCACUGUUCUGGUCCACUGUGGUGCAAAGGUGGAGGGCAGCUCCCAGUCACGGGUCAUCUACGUGUGCCAGGCUGGUGGUACCCAGCGGCUCCUCUACAUCCGGCAUGCCGAGUUGGUGCUGGGCCGGCAGCAGCUGAGGAUCGUGGAGACGCUGGCGCAGGAGAUCAAUACCAUCCUGGGUGGACAGCUGGAGGCACCUGCCUUGUCAGUGCUGCGUGAAAUGCUGGUCUGCCAGAAGCCAGGGGAAGUGGCCACUGUUCUGGAGGAGAAUGAUGUGGCGCUGCCGGGUGCUGCACCAGAGCCAGAGAAGGUCGUGGAACCAGAGCUGGAGGAGGGGUUACAGGAGGAGGCUGUGGCAGAGGUGAAUGGCAGUGUGCAUCAUGGCCUGGCAACCUCCUGGCAGCUGUGCGAUGCCAAGCAGCCAAAGGUGCCGCAGGACCUCUACCUCCCCUGCUGGGGACAGGACCACCAUGGCUCCCAGCUGGGCAGUGAGGUGGCCAUGGCCCCAGUUCCACCCAUCCCAGAGGCCCAGCGGUGGUUGCGGCAGGCCAAGAGCGACCUGCAGGCAGCCUACAAUGACUUCAGGCGCGGCUGCCCCAACUGGGUCCUCUUCAAGGUGCACCAGACCCUGCAGAAGGCAGUGGUGGCUGCCAUACUUUGCCAUGGUGAGGCCUUUGAGGCCGGAAUGGGGCUGGUGGGCCUGGCCCGAUGGCUGGAGGUAGCGCAGCCGAAGCUGAAGGGCUUGGCAGAGGAGGUGAAGUGGCUGCACGGCUGUGGCGUGGAUGGCAAGGCCACACAGUACCCCAGCUGCCACCGCUUCCCCACCACCCCUGAGGAGGCAUUCCACAGCGUGGAUGAGGAGGAGGUACUGAGGAGGGCGCAAGGUGUGCUGGAGAGGCUGCAGGACCACGUGGGCAGGAUGUGAGGGUGUCCCCACAGAGGGGACACUGCCACCUGGGCCACGGAACUGAUACCGGGGGAAGUUUAACAGUGUGCUUAACUGUAAAUGUUGUAACUAACGUAUCAGUGACAUGGCCGAGCUGUACAAUGCUGUAUUAUGUCAUUUAGCUACUAGCAGAAUGCUGCAUUGUAUAGUUUAGCUAUUAAGUAGGUAAGAACUGGUCCAAGACCAAGACAUAAACCAAGAGUGCUGAAACAGGGCCAGAAGAAAAGGUCAUGAAAAGAAUAAGAAAAGGAAGAUGACGAAGAGGAUCAAGAAAGGAUGAAGAUGUCCCAAAAGACCAUCAGAGGACCCCCAAUACAUUAGGCCACAAGUGUAGUAACAGUGUAGAUAUGAUAAGUAGUUCUUGGAACUGUAAUGCAUAUGCUAAUAGUUUCUCAGAAAUGUCAUUUACAUGUAUAGAUCAGCCAUAUAAAGAUAAACAGCGAAUAAAGUCAGUAUGCAUGCUGGGUGGAAAUUAUCCCCUGUAUAUCCGGGGCCAAAAAUAAACAAUGCCUGCUUUCUGAAACUCCAAACUGA